ACUUGAAUGAGUUUAGGUGUUGGAGGGAAUGAUAAUUGUGAUGUACUGCUAGGCUGCAAUUUGAUUGGCUGAGAUUUGAACGCGACCCCGCAAAGGUGGAUUCUGAUUGGUUUGGUUAUUUCAUGUGGGAAAAAGGAAGGAAAUGUUUGAAGUAUUUGCAAAAGCAUGUGUUUCAGAAGACGGGAGGACCACACAUUGUGCUUUACAUUCAGUGCUGCAGGAUGCUGCCGUCGGGUAAACGCGCCCUGCGCAGAGAGGAGCUGCAGCUGGAGCUGGCGUGUGAGUGGGGCUCGUGUCAGGAGACGUUUGAAAGGAUGCAGGAGUUUUGCCAGCACAUGGAGAAACAUUAUAAAGCUACCGUGGACAGUGAGACAGACUUACCAGAAGAGGAGCAUAACUGUCUGUGGAGAGACUGUGGCUUCUGCUCAGUGGAAGGAAAUGCAGAGCUUCUCAGACACAUGUUCUUUCAUUGCUACCACACCAAGUUGAAGCAAUGGGGUCUUGCUAUACUCAAGGGCCACAGUGACAUGGGUGCCUGUUCGGUCGGCCUCCAUAACCGCAACAUUGUGCCUGAGGUCCAAGAGAACUUCCUUUGUCUUUGGGAGCACUGUGAGAUGUCUAUGGAUAAUCCGGAGUGGUUCUACAGACAUGUGGAAGGAGAUUACACUCCUCGCUAUAAGUGUCACGUGUGUGAGCAGUGCUUCACCCGGGGGAACAACCUCACUGCCCAUUUACGCAAGAAACAUCAGUUCAAAUGGCCUUCAGGACACCCGAGAUUUAGGUAUAAAGAGCAUGAAGAUGGGUUCAUGCGCCUGCAGCUGAUCCGCUAUGAGAGCGUGGAGCUGACAGAGCAGCUGAUGCGGGAGCGGCAGGGAGAAGGGGACAGCAGUGAGUCCAGCCAGCAGAACGGUGAAGAACUGGAGGAGACGGGGCCCCUCCGCACCAUGAGUGGAAAUACAGAAGCAGGAAUAAGAAAGGAGGGAGUGGAUGUCUGUAGGACACAGGAAAAUACAGAAAGUGUGUUUUUGGUGUUGACAGCCGGCACCUCUGCAGAAACGGACUCUACAAGUGAGGGAGCCGUAAUGCGUCAGCUACAGGACACUGCCCAACAGUUGGGCAUGGAGGUGGUUUAACUGCACCUCUGAUUACUGGAACACCCUAAGACUGCCAUGUCAGACAAUAAGAAGGUACAUUAGGACAUUCCAAUUAACGCCGUGACAAAAAAUACUAUGAGACUAACAGGGGACCAAAACAGGAAUAGAGUGUGUGUGAGAAUUCUACUGAACAAAAUCACAAGUUAGCUCUGAGGAUGUGCUUAAAUUAAUAGUUCAUUCAGAAAGGAGCUUAUUUUCUCACCUUCAUGUCUUUCUGACUGAUAAUUUUUUUUUUCACAAAAUGCAAAAUGAGAUUUCAAACACAGUGUGAGUUGCCUUUUUCUAUUCAACAAACAUUGAUGAUAAUUUAUACUGCCAAGCUCCAAAACAGACAAAAAACACCAAGAAAGUAUGUUAAAUGUAGACUUGUACGUUAUUAGUGUUGUAAGUGUUUUUUUUCCCUGUUUGGAAGUUAGUUUCCUUGUAGGGAAAACACAAGCACACACAUU